AUGUCGAAGGUAAUGCGAAGCGUCAAAAAUGUGACCAAAGGGUACUCCAGUGCCCAGGUCAAGGUCCGAGAAGCCACCAGUAAUGAUCCAUGGGGCCCAACCGGUACCCAGAUGAGCGAAAUUGCUCAAAUGACUUACAACACCUCCACCGAGUUCUACGAAAUCAUGGAUAUGCUUGACAAGCGCCUGAAUGAUAAAGGAAAGAACUGGCGACACGUCCUUAAGGCCCUCAAGGUCCUCGACUACUGUCUUCACGAAGGCUCCGAGCUCGUUGUCACUUGGGCCCGCCAAAGCAUUUAUAUCAUCAAGACCCUGCGGGAGUUUCAGUAUGUCGACGAGGAAGGCAGGGACGUGGGACAGAAUGUUCGAGUUGCUGCUAAGGAGUUGACUUCCCUGAUCUUGGACGAAGAACGAUUGCGAGCGGAGCGGAGCGAUCGGAAAACCUGGAAGUCGCGUGUCACCGGACUUGAGGAGUUCGCUCCUCAGCACGCUGAACCCUCUUCCCAGGCCCAGCGCCGACCCCGCGAGAGGAGGCAGAUGACCGACGAGGAGGAUGCCGAAUACCGGCUGGCUCUCGAAGCAAGCAGGUACCAGGAAGAGGAGGAUAGAAAGAAGCGCGAGAGCGGCCGACCCGACGACGACGACGAUCUGGCCAAGGCCAUCAAGCUGAGCCAGGAGGAGGAGGAGAGGAGGCGCAAGGAGCUGGAGGAAAGCAACGCAGCUUCCCUGUUCGAUGACGAUCCCAUCCAGACGAGUUCCCAACCGCAACACACUGGUUUCAACCAGGGGUACCAGCAAGGAAACCCCGUCGACUUCUUCGCGAACCCGAUCGACCAGAACCAGAUGCAGACCCAACCCACCGGCUACAUUGCCAACGCAUACACUGGCUACCCACAGACACAGCCGGCGGGUUUCCAGCCCAACUACACCACUGGCUAUGGGAUGCAACAGACCGGCAUGGGGCUGGACCCCUAUGGCCAGCAGCAGCAGAACCUGCAGGCGUUCCAGCAGCAACCGACUGGCGUCAACCCAUACAUGCAGCAACAGCAGCUGUCGACUCCGUCUUCGCCUGAUGCUCUCCAUCCUGGAAGCAACAAUCCUUGGGCAACCAACAACAACCAGCCUCAGGCACAGGCCUUGCAACCCACGCCUACUGGCUCCAACAACCCCUUUGCGCAGUUCAACCGUCCUGCGUCGACUAAGCCCAACCCUAUUGGUUCCCUCAGCCCGCUUCCCGAACAGAAGACAUUGUCUAGCUUCAACAACCAGCAGCAAUUGCAGCAACAACAAUUGCAGCAACAGCAGGCUGCCUACAACCAGGCACAACCAUCCUUUGUGACCCCCCAGAAGGAGAUGAACGAGCACGAGACUCGGCUCAACACGCUUCUGGCCUCCGGUGAUGGAAUGGAUACCUUUGGUAACACUGGAAACCUCCGUCUUCCCGCACAGCACACCGCCCCGGGCACUUUUGUCAACAGUGCUGGCGCAGGUCUCGCCCGUAUCAACCCCGAGGCCACCGGAAACAACCCCUUCCUCCGACAACAGUUCACGGGUAUGCCCAGCAUCAACUACAGCCAGGUUCCGGCCGCGACUGGACCUGCUGGCAUGAACGGGCAGGGCACCAACAACCCCUUCGCUGUUCAGCAACACCCCCAGCAAAAGCAGAACCAAGAUUUGAUUCAGUUCUGA